CAUAUUUUUCUCCAACUAUUGACGGUUAUUCCUCAUACUCGGCCUAUCCCAUCCCACCUGGUGCCAUAUUGGACAAUAUGGAAUUAAAAUUCAAAUUUUCUCCUGCUACAAUGGAUCAAAUUUCGAUACUUAUGUUCAUAGGCAAGUCUGGAAUGCACGACGGUACAUCUGACCACAUGGCAGUGAGUUUUGUCAAGGGAUUUAUAAUGUUAACAUGGAAUUUAGGGGCAGGACCAAGACGAAUAUUUACGUCCCGACCAAUAGAAAAGGAUAAGGAAGAAUAUCUGGUAAAAUUGGGAAGAAGUGAAAGAAGAGCUUGGCUAGCGGUGGAAGGGUUGGGGAACGUUACUGGAAGAUCUAAAGGAAAAUUUGUUCAAUUGGACGUUGUUCCCAUGUUAUAUUUGGGUGGAUAUGAUUCAUUAUACUUUUCGACGCUUCCACAUGAUUUGCCAUUGCAUACUGGAUUUGAAGGAUGUAUUUUUGACGUCGAACUUAAAGCCGGAAGUGUUGUUAUUCCUUUACAAAGUUCAAGACACGCUCUCGGUCGUGCGAUCGGGCAAUGUGGAAUCUCCGAAUGUCAUGAAAAUUCAUGCCAAAACGGUGGGAUUUGUUUGCAUCAUGCUAGUACAUUCAGUUGUUUAUGCCAAGACGGAUGGUUUGGACCUUUGUGCUCUUUACAGUACAAUCCUUGUGAUGAAACUCGUCAUAAUUGUUCUAGUGGCUCUGUUUGUGUUCCAUAUGAGGACACAUACGAAUGCAAUUGUCCGUUCGGAAAAACCGGAAAAUUCUGUCAAAACAACAACGAAUUGACUGACAUUACGUUUUCUGGAAAACGAUCCUUCUUAAGCUUGAUAGCCGUCGAUCUAAUUCCUACAAAAUUCGAUAUUCAAUUCGAACUUAGACCUCUAAGCGAAAUGGGCCUUGUUCUCUACAUUGGAAGUAAUGGAAAAAGCUUCUUCUCAUUAUCAAUUCAGAGCGGUUUUCUGGAACUAAGAACACUACCAGCUAAUCGUAUUCAAACGACAAAGGAAGUAUUGAUUUUGAGAAGCAGAAAACUUCUUGCAAAAGGAAAUUGGUAUAACGUACGGGUUGGGCAGUUUGGGAGGAAAUUAUAUGUGGCCGUUGAAAACAUUACUAACACAGUUCUUUUAGAACGAAACGACCAUUUGAAGCUAUCAGGAGAUUUGAUAUUUCUGGGUGGUUUAGCAGAUAUGUCCGAAUUACCCACAGUAGCUGUAGCAACAUUACCGAUACCGUAUACAGGGUGUUUGCGCCGUUUAAAAAUAGACACGAAACCUAUAGAUUUCAACUUUUCAACCGUAAAAAUUUCGCAAAACGUUGACGACUGUGAUGGAACUCCAUGUGGUGGAGAUUAUUGUAAAAAUAACGGGAUUUGUUGGUUGGAUUCUCAGUUAAAGCCUCACUGUUCGUGUACAAAAUUUUACGGGGGUUCAAGGUGUGAGAAUCCUGUCUCUUGCCAGGAGAAGGGUUGCAGGAACGGUGGCAAAUGCGUGAAUUAUGGUUGCAACUGUGUCAUGGGAUUUUCUGGGGCCUUUUGUGAGACUGCUACAAAAGUCACGACUCCCGAAUUCAUGGGAAACAGUUAUAUUAUAUUGAAGAAAAUCGAUAAGAAAAGAGAUCUGGGGAAAAUUGGGGUGAAAAGUUUGUAUAUAAAUUUUACAACUGCAGAUAAAAAUGGACUCAUAUUUUGGGGCAGCAAGCACGAAAAUUUCGUUGGAAUUGGCAUCGAAGGUGGGCAUUUAAAGUUGGCAUACACUAUCAAAAAUGGCAACAGAACCAUUAUCGAAAUACCGGAAACUGAAUCAUUAGCUGACGGUAUUUGGCACACGCUGGAAAUAAGUUUCGGCAAAACGAAUCUUCUAGUUAAAAUUGAUGGGAAGAUAGUUCUUUCGCAAAAUCAAAGCAACUUCGUUGCUGAUUUGUUCGAUCUAUCGGACGGUGUCCUCUACUUGGGGGGUCUACCUACUGAGAAAAACGAAACUAUCUGGCAGAAAACGCACAAUAUGUUUCACGCUUACUUUAAAGGAUGUAUAAAAGCCUUUGGAAUAAACAAUAUCUUAGCAGUCACCGAUUUUUCUCAUUAUGAUGGAUCGAAUAUCGGAAUUUGCAACGUCAUUUAAAAUUAAAAUUAGCUCAAAAAUUAAUAAUAAAACAAACGCUG